GGGGGAGGAAAGGGCGAGGGUGGUGUCGGCGUUGGCCGAGGGCUCAUCACUGCCGUCUUUCUAGGGAAUGCAGCUGUCGACUGAGAAGCCGAGACAGGGGCCCGAGUUGGAGUCAUGAAAGGGGUCACGAUGGGCGGUCGUCGCCAAGGAUCUCGCCAAGGAACUAUUUGCCUCGCGGGCGGGUACACUGGAUGUGCCGAUUGUGUGGGCCUCUGCAACGGCCGACCUGGAUUAGGCGGCAAGGUCUGUCGAGCAGGACCCGGAAACAAAGACCCUUGCUGAGUGGGAGCAGAGAGCGAAGAGCUCUGUUGAGUGGAAGCAGG